GUCUGUGGCUGAAGUUGGUUACUCGCGCCAGGGCUUUAAUAAUGAAGUGAGGGGUGUUAAUACUGUAUUUUGUAAAGCCUCUAACUUUUAAGAAGGGGACGAAGUCGUUCAAAAAUACGUAAUAGCAGUUGUUUUGCUCCCUUUUUUUCUCCACGCCAUUAUUUUUGUUGUUGUUUUUGUUCGGUAUCUGUUGAGGUUAAGUAGCGGAGAACAUCUGUUGUGAACUGACAGCGUAAGGAAAAAUACAGCUGCUAUAAUUUAAGAUCGCAAACCAAUAUGCAUGUGUGUACAUUUUUGAUGGAGUAAAUAUAUGAAGAUAAGCAGAAACUAAGACGUUUCUCUGAAGAUCUAAAGCAUCCUUGGCAGGAUAUUAUAGUGCAUCACACUGGAAGAGUACAGUAGCAGAAGCCCCAUGGAAAGCUCACAAGAUCUCAAUGAACAAUCGGUAAAGAAAACGCACAACGAAUCACAUGUUUCAGAGCCUUCCAAUACCAGGUCUAUGGAAAUGCAGGACUUAGCCAGUCCUCAUAAUCGAGUAGGCAGCAGUGACACUCCUGGCUCCAAACUGGACAAGUCGAACCUCAGUAAUUCUUCAGUUACAUCCAAUGGAACGGGAGGCGAGAACAUGACUAUUCUUAACACAGCAGAUUGGCUGCUGGGUUGCAGCACCCCUUCCUCUGCCUCAAGUAUGAAAGACUAUGUGUCUCUUCUUGCAGUCAAAACAGAGCCAAUGAACAGCAGUGAAACUGCAACAACAACAGGAGAUGGAGUACUUGACACAUAUGCUGGGUCAGUAAUAACAAGCAGUGGUUACAGUCCCAGAUCUGCACAUCAAUAUUCUCCACCCAUAUACCCUUCCAAGCCAUACCCUCACAUUCUGUCAACACCGGCAGCUCAGUCAAUGACAGCCUAUGCGGGGCAGACCCAGUACACUGGAAUGCAGCAGCCAGCGGUGUACACUGCUUACUCUCAGCCAGGGCAGCCUUACGGACUCUCCACGUAUGAUUUGGGUGUAAUGUUGCCAGGCAUCAAGACUGAAGGAGGGCUCUCUCAGACACAGUCACCUUUACAGACAGGAUGUCUUAGCUACAGCCCAGGGUUCACUACUCCUCAGCCAGGCCAAACACCUUAUUCCUAUCAGAUGCCAGGUUCCAGUUUCACACCUUCAUCUGGCAUUUAUGCAAGCAACAAUUCUGUGUCUAAUUCAGCUAACUUCAGUAGUUCACAACAGGAUUAUCCUUCCUACACAGCUUUUGGCCAAAACCAAUACACCCAGUACUAUUCAACCUCAAGCUAUGGUGCUUACAUGACCUCCAACAGUACAGCCGACGGAACAACUUCGGCCUCGUCCACGUAUCAGCUGCAGGACCCUCCCCCGGCUCUCACAGGUCAGGCUGCUGAACUUCACACAAGGGAUUUUGAUACAGUACAGAGCCCCUCAACACCAAUCAAAGACCUGGACGACAGAACGUGCAGGAGCUCGGGGUCAAAGGCACGAGGAAGGGGUAGGAAGAACAAUCCAUCACCCCCACCUGACAGCGAUUUGGAGCGAGUGUUUGUGUGGGAUUUAGAUGAAACUAUCAUCAUAUUUCAUUCACUUCUUACUGGAUCUUAUGCACAGAAGUAUGGUAAGGAUCCUCCUAUGGCUGUGACCCUUGGCUUACGGAUGGAAGAAAUGAUCUUCAACCUGGCUGACACACACUUAUUUUUUAAUGACUUAGAGGAAUGUGAUCAAGUUCACAUAGAUGAUGUUUCAUCUGAUGACAAUGGACAAGACUUAAGUACUUACAGUUUUGCAACUGAUGGCUUCCAUGCAGCUGCAACAAGUGCAAACCUCUGUCUGGCCACAGGAGUGAGAGGAGGGGUGGACUGGAUGAGGAAGUUGGCAUUUCGCUACCGAAGAGUAAAAGAGUUGUAUAGCACAUACAAAAACAAUGUUGGGGGACUGCUUGGACCUGCCAAAAGAGAUGCAUGGCUGCAGUUAAGAGCUGAGGUGGAAGCUCUAACAGAUUCCUGGCUGACUAACGCACUUAAAUCAUUGUCUAUCAUCAGCUCAAGAAGUAACUGUGUGAACGUACUGGUAACAACGACGCAACUUAUACCAGCACUUGCAAAAGUACUUUUAUAUAGUCUAGGUGCUGUGUUUCCCAUUGAAAACAUUUAUAGUGCUACAAAAAUAGGAAAAGAGAGUUGCUUUGAGCGCAUAAUGCAAAGGUUUGGCAGAAAAGUAGUGUAUGUUGUUAUUGGGGAUGGUGUAGAAGAGGAACAGGCAGCAAAAAAGCACAACAUGCCUUUCUGGAGGAUAUCAAGUCACUCAGACCUGCUGGCCUUGCACCAAGCACUGGAACUGGAGUACUUGUAAUCAUAUCGUAACGCUGGAAGUCCUUUUUUUUAUAUUUAAAACAAAGUACACUGCAAUUUGUUUUGUCUGUGAUUUUGAACCUCUGGCUUUAAACUAUGAAUUGUCUUAAGAAGACAAGGACUCUUCUAAAAAAAAACAGGAGCAUGGACUGCCAGAUGAAAUCCUGUUGUAUAUCAGAUCUGUACGAGGUCUUACAUUAAUACAUGAUUUUUUUUUCUAAAGCAUAGAUGUGAAGGACAGUGCUGGUACACCCCAGAUAAAACAAAGGUUUCCGAUUCCUCAGUGGACAGUUUUGAAGUGACGGACUUCUUUGUUCUUUUACAUUGACUGGACAGUGAUUCACACUCCUCAAGAUGGAAUGUAUCAACAUUUUACAUGAAACAUAUACCUACCUAUCCCAGCAAAACUGGCAAUAGAAAUGCACUCCAAAUAUGACGACAAUCAAACCUAGAACUAAAAUUUGUGUAAAUUAUUUUACAGUUACUAGUUUAAUGGGAAGUGAUGUUUGUGAAAGAAAAAAACUGAAUAUGAUCAUCUUUUUGUAAGUUUUGGCGAGCAGAAUGUGCAUAAUGAGUUGUUGUGCCUUAAAAAGAAAGUGUUUGUGUGUUACAUUGUAAUUUUGUUUAAAGAAAAAAAAAUGUAGAUAAAACUGUUUGUGAUAAUUUUUGACAAGACCAAAUUUCAAAAGCAUCAGAUUUACAAUUCUGAUUUCAAAGCAGCAUAAGCAUCAGUUGGAGCAAAAUAGCAAAUAAAGGACAGUUUUGUGUUUUAUUUGAAUGUCAACUAAUAUGUCCUCCCUUUGAAAUGUGGAAGUAUUUACCAAGAGUAUGUUCAGUAUGCUACUUAAAGGUGAUCUUGAAUUGCGCCAAACUGCUUAGAGAAUACUAAGGUGUGGAUAUAGAUUUGUAUCGAAUCUUGUUUUAAUCGGUUUCCAUGCAAAAUAUAAAUUAGUUAAAACAUCUAUACUGAGCAUCAAAAGACACGUCUAUCAACAGUAAAUUCACACAGUAAUUGUAAGGAAAUGACUUUUUUGAGUAGCAGGUGUACUCGUAUUCUAUUGAACAGGCAUGACAUAGGUUGAGAUAUUUUUGCUUAUUAACAUUUGUCAUCAACAGGGGGCUUCUACUGUAAAUGUCACAGAUUAGUAGCAUGUGUGGCCACCAUUGAAAGCAAUUCCAGCUGUACACCUGUGACAUGCUUUGAACCAGGCGGCAAAUGCUGUCUUGUGGGAUUCUGUCCCCUUCCUCUCUUACAGCCUGGACUAGCAUGUGCCUGUUUCACUGGACUCUGAGCUCUGGAUCCCACGCUUUUCCCCUGAUCGCCCCACAGAUCUUCAUCUGGGAUUGAAGUGUGGCGAGCAGGACUUCCACAGCAUACUGUAACUCCCAUUCUCGUCUCAUAAGAAUGCUGUUUAUUGCUCGAGCAGCGUGAGGCUGGAUGCAGUCCUUUGAGAGUGCUGUCGCAUCUUGAUGAGCCCAAAGGAAAGGCAGCGAGUAAGAUUAUAGAACCUGAUCAGUAUAGUCUCUAAUGAGUACUUGGCUCCACUGCAGGGUUCUCGUGACGCGUGGCUCACACCACCUUAUUCUGCUGUGUCUGUGAACACAGUUGAGAGAGCUGUCCCCCUGUGUGGUCACCUGGCCUGCAAGCCUCCUCCUCACAGCUGAGUUGCUGAUCUGCAAGUGUGUGUAGCCGGUCAUUUGUGAUGUAGUGGAACCUGUAGCGUUAAAAGGAUCAGAGAGAUAGAACCGUUUCAAUCUGUGUGAGUUGCUGUGACUCUUUCUGGUCUUGAACUGUAUAAGACUGGAAUGUCUUGCCAGAUUAGAAAUUGCUGUCUGUGAAUGCCCCAGCUGGCAAGGAGCUACUGUAUGUGCUGACCAAGCCCAAAAUAUCGAAAGCUUGAAGGUAUUGUAUUGUUGAUAAGUAGGGCAUAUCAGUUCCUAAAGUGAAGCAAGUGUAUUACUGUUGGUCAUGAUUAUGAAUGAUCAAUUAAUCACAAUGACACCAAAAACGUAUGAUUGAUAUCCAAAAUACUUCAUUUUUCUAAAACAUGGGUUCAUUUUUCUGAUGCUCAGCAUGUUCCAAUACAAUAAGUGAAAGUCACUGAGUUCAGAAUCCUUUAUCUAUCAUUUUUGAUAGAUAUCCCUAAUUUGCCUUCAUUCAAUGUCUGCAUUAGAUUUUGGAGAUCAUAAAUGUGUCUCAAAUUCAACCAAAUUGAGGCCUGUGGGAUUUUGUAUAUUUUAAUGUAUGCCUUUCGGUUGUUCUUCACUGGAUUGACAUAAUUUUUGUGGUAAUAAUGCAAUCAGAAAAAAUGUGCAGGGUUUUAAAUUUAAUCCCCACCACAGCAUUGUAUCAUUAGUAUUUCCUCCUUGGAUCUAUUAAUUUGACAUCUUUGUAUCUGGAAAUUGAAAAUACAGUAAAACCUCGGUUUGCGAGUUCUAUAUUUGCGAUUUUUCCUAUUUGCACAAAAAGUUUAGUGACCCUCUUUUCUGCAUUUGCGGACUAAAUAUGCUCAUUCAAAUCUACUGUGCAGUAGAUUAAAUGGGCACCCACUUAUACAGUAUGCAGCAUGUUCAUCUCAAGGAUCUACAGUACAUGACCUGACCUGCAUCAGUCUCUGUCAGAAAGAUAGCUUGGUUAAAGGUUGUCAGGGGUUAGCAGAGCAUCAGCAGUUAUACUUUAUUUAGUUUCCUUCAGGAAAGCAUUAGAUGUGUGUUGUAUGUUGACAAUGUUAAUGUUAUCAGUCACACCUGUAUGUGACUCAGUGUUGUGCUGCAAAAUUAAACAUUAAAUUAAAAAAAAAACCUUA